AUGUCUAAAAUUAUCAAGAUUGAAACUUUUAGAGUCCCACCAAGAUGGUUAUUCGUUAGAGUUGAAACUGAAGAUGGUAUUGUUGGUUGGGGUGAAGGUACAUUAGAAGGUCAUACUGAAGCUAUUGAAGGAGCAUUUGAAGAUUUAAAAGAAAGAUUCAUUGGUUGGGAUUCAAAUAAAAUUGAAGAAAUUUGGCAAAAAGCUUAUCGUCAAAGAUUUUAUCGUGGUGGUCCAGUUUUAAUGUCUGCUUUAUCAGGUUUAGAUAUUGCCCUGUGGGAUAUUAAAGGCAAAAGAUUAGGUGUACCAAUUUAUGAAUUAUUGGGUGGUAAAAUUAGAGACAGGGUUCAAGUUUAUGGUUGGAUUGGUGGUGAUAAACCUUCAAAUGUUCAAUCUGCUGCUCAAGAUCGUAAAAAUCAAGGUUUCACUGCAGUUAAAAUGAAUGCUACUGAAUCAAUUGGUUGGAUUGAUUCUGCUUCAAAAUUAGAUGAUACUGUGGAACGUAUUAGAUUAGUUAGAGAAACUGGUAUUGAUGCUGGUAUUGAUUUCCAUGGUAGAUUACAUAAAGGUAUGGCAAAGCAAUUAGUUAAAAAAUUAGAAAAAUAUGAACCUUUAUUCAUUGAAGAACCAUUAUUACCAGAAAAUUAUGAUCAAUUUAAACAAUUAUAUGCUACAACUACUAUACCAAUUGCUACUGGUGAAAGGUUAUAUACUCGUUGGGAUGUUAAACCAUAUCUUGAAGCUGGAUCUAUUGAUAUUAUUCAACCAGAUAUUGCACAUUCUGGUGGUAUUACAGAAACUAAGAAAAUUGCCCUAUUGGCUGAAGCAUAUGAUGUUGCAGUUGCACCACAUUGUCCACUUGGACCAAUUGCAUUAGCUGCUUCAUUUCAUAUUGAUUUAACUUCAAUUAAUUUUUCAAUUCAAGAAAUGAGUCUUGGUAUGCAUUAUAAUAAAUUAGCAAGUGGUGGUAAAUUUGAUUUAUUAAGUUAUGUUAAUGAUCCAGAAAGUUUUGAUGUUAAAAAUGGUUAUAUUGAAGCAUUGAACAAACCUGGAUUAGGUAUUGAAGUUAAUGAAGAAUUAAUUAGAGAAGUUUCUAAGAAUGAGAAAGCUUGGAGAAAUCCUCGGUUUGUUGGUCCUGAUGGAUGUAUUCGUGAGUGGUAG